AUGCUGCUCGGCCUCCUCUUCCUCUGCUCUCUGGACACUCUGAGCUCUGCCUUCCAGUUAACCGGGGGGAAAGUAUCUGGAGGCAUUUUCCAGGACAAUGUGGUGCUGUCCAACUCCGUGGCGGGGCUGGUGGUGGGGAUCCUGGUGACGGUGCUGGUGCAGAGCUCAUCCACUUCCUCCUCUAUAGUGGUCAGCCUCGUGGCCUCCGACUUGCUGGAGGUGAGGCUGGCUGUUCCGAUCAUCAUGGGAACCAAUAUUGGGACUUCAGUCACGAAUACCAUUGUGGCCAUGAUGCAAGCGGCGGAGAGAAGCGAGUUUGAGCGGUAA